UGUUGUUCGUCUAUUCGCGAUAUUCUUGUCGUGUUAUUACGUUUUCUCCGUUUUGGUAGAACGAUUAACAUACAGUUUUGUUUUAUCGUAUUAUAGCUGUUGUACUGACUUCAUAAAGCAUAUAAAUCACUAAGUGUUACGUCGCGCGAAAUCUUGCGUUCGCCUCUAGGUUCGCCUUAUCGGUGACAAAACCCUUUUCUGUGUUUGAUGGUGUUAGUUAUCUAGUGAAAACAUAGUGCAGCCUUUUUGAACGAAAAGUCGAAUAGUUAUCAAUAACCAGCCAGUGAGAAGGUGUUCAUUCUACUGAAUUCAGCAUAGAGAUAGUGCGUGACAUAAAUACAUGCCUAUAUUGAAUGUGCAUAUAAAACGAGUGUACAAAUCAAAACGAGCUUUUGACGAUUGAUUACGAUCAAUUGAAAGAGUUCGGUUUCCUUGCAAUGAAUCGUGGUUUCGCGAAUCGUUUGGUCUGGUCUAUUAGAAAGGGAAGCUAAACCAACAGUUAGUGAGUAGAAGGAGCCAGCGGUGUUUAUAAGUGACAAGUACACACGGAUGAAAAUUAAUAGCUGCACAUAGCUAUUCUUUGCAAACGUACCAAUUGACAUCGUUGGAAUUCUUUUCCGCAAUAUGAAUAAGUUACAGUGAUGACUAACAGAUCAUUGGUGAUUACCUAUGUCAUUAAAUUAAUAAUGAUAAUCUAUUCAGAAAAUAUGUGAUAUAAUAGAAGAAUCAAGAAAUUACAUAUAUUUUGGUUUAGUAUCAACCCAAAACAAAAGUGAAUACCGCGAAUGCAAGUGAACAAAAGAAGCGAAAUUUAUUUUUCAUUAUUCCUACCACCCGCAUGUCUAUAGAGCUGAAACUAAUACAAACAGUCCCUUGAGCGUGCGCCAUACUGUUGGCCGGAGUAUUUGUUUUUGUCCAUUGCCUGCUCGGAACCGUUGUACUUGAUUCAUUUGGAGCCGUCACAGCGUUCUAUAUAGCUGCAUCCGUCAUCUUCCCGUCGUUGGAGGUGAGACGAGGCCAUCGCGUGAAUGAAUAUGCACCACUGCCGAUUGCUAAAGGUGCUGCCGUCGCUGCCUGUGGUGUUGAUGUUCAGCUGAUUCCAUAAUCAUCUUUACGAUCUUUGCCUUUCGAUGUGUACCGUAAAUUUACCGCCUGGAUGACGCGAGCAUUCUAAAUAGCAGCGGUUCUCCAGUUGGUUUAACAUCGCGACAGAUUGUUGCUGUCUGCUUACAACGCCUGUUUUACUAACAAGGGUGCAUUCGCUGGCUUGUGCUUGUAUCGACCGAAAUUCGUGGUUAGUUUAUCAGCUGAUCAGAGUUCAAUUCUCCAUCACGAUCAAGUGAAGUUGGCUGACCAAUUGUGAUAUUAGGGUCAAGAAACCGCAGAGUACAAAUUAAUUAACCUUAAUUAAUCGUAACAGUCAAGUGUGCUGUAAACAUCUCGUUGCAUUCUUCGAAUAAAAAUUGUGGUUAGACGCGUUAAAAAAAUUUCAACGUCAGUUCAAUGGACACUCCAAAAAAAUCAGUUCUACUGGAAAAGCAGCAAAAGUUACAACACAGGAAAGUAAAGAAAAAAGUCGAUUUCAUUGGCGAGGAAGUUCAGGACGCAAAAAAUCCGGAAAUGGCGGUAAAAAAUGCCAGUGGUGCUACCAAUUCAUUGACAGAUGACGAUUUUGAAAAUGUUAUCGCGCGAACUAUGCAAAAUCUAGACACGAUUAAAUCGGAUUCUGACAGUGACUUCGGAGACGAUCAUGGUCUCCCGGUGAAAAAAGCAGGCACUCAACUUAGACGUGUACGAAAGAAGAAUCUAGGUUCUUCAAGUGAUAGUAGUGUAAGUGAUGUCGAAGAAGACGUAUAUUCUUGGAUCGAAAAUUGUCCAAAGUCUCCCAUCAGUUCGAAACGAACUGAGCUUCUUCCAUAUACAGCUGCACAUUCCUUAUUGCUACGAUUUGGCGAACGACGAAGAUUAUCUGAAUGUGUUGAAGAAGAUGAAGAGGAGGAUAAACCCAAUGGCAUUAAAGAAGUUAUUCCAGCGAAUCGCAAAAACCAUCUUGAAUCUAAGGACAGUCCUGCGAAACAAUCUCCUGAGAAGAGCGAAUCUACGGCAGUGCGUAAAUCACGGUUUAUGGUAACUAAAGCCAGUGAACUUCCUCAGUUGCGGCCAGAAUCGCUUAAUUUGCGACCCUUGACGGCUGCGCAGAAUUCACAAACCAUACAUUUUCCCUGCAGUCAGCUGGCUCCCUCCUCGAAUCGAUUGUCCGUGAAAAGCAUCUUCUCUCCUGAAUCUCCAUUUCCCAAUCCGCAUCUAGACAAGCGUUUUUUCGACACAUCUCUGGUCGAAAUUCGACCACUCACGCCCAGUAUUACCACCGUGGCUAGUGCUGGCCUCUCAGAAGAAAAUAUUUCUGUAAAUUCUAAUUCCGGCAGUACUUCCAAGAAUAUUCCAUUCGAACUGGAUGAAGUGUGGGUCAAACGGACGGAAACAGAGGCAACGCCAAAGAAGACAACCGCUAAAUCUGCAACAUUGCCGCCGACAUUGAAAACGACGGCACCGCCUUCACUGACGAAAGCGAAUAAAAGCACCGCCAGCAGCAGUAGCGAUUCAACCGAUGGCGGAACCCAAUUCCAGCGGCCUUCAACAGCUCCAGCUGCAACUGAUUCGGCCCGGUCUUCUAAGCGUCAAAAAAAGAGUGAACGAGAAGCCAAAAAGCAGGAAAAGGAGCAGAAAAAAAUUGAACGGGAAACUGCUCGACGUUUGGAAAGAGAGGCAGCCAAAUUAGAAAAACUUAACCGUAAACAUGAAAGCAUAUCCCGAAGCACGGAGCGCGUUAGCGGAGGCCGCUCAGGGUCUCUAGAAAGGCGGCGUAGUGGCGAUGAAGGACCAGUGCUGAAUCAGUCAACUGUCCACGGUAUUGCCAGUCCCAAUCGACGACCGACAAUUUUCGACGUGUUCCGUACGCGGAAAGGCUCGGAUUCGAAGAAAAAGAAGGACGAUUCGAGCAAAUCGAGCUCUGAUAAAGACAGCACCAAUGGUAGUGGGACUCUUGGUGGUUCCGGGGGUCUUAUGAACAGCAUGAAGGCGGCUUUGCAUGUCGGUGGUCGCCACAGCCAUCAUACAGGUGCAAGUGGGCAACCAACCAGUGUGAACGCAAAAGUGCGGGAUGGAUCAGCUCAUCCGCAUGCGGGGAGCGAUGCACAGUACUAUCAUACGGUAACAGCGGUACGUCGCGCUGAUGCUGGAAAAUCUCCUAUGACGAAAGUUAUGGAUCUGUUCAGACAUCGUUCCAAUUCAGCAGUAUCUGAGGCAGACAAACGCAAAGCGCGAGCUGCAGCGCAACACCAACAACAGUUGGCAGCCCAAACGGCUCAUAUGCGACGGGCCUCGGCAGAGUUGGCGGAAAGACGCCGUGCAUCGUUGGGUGCAAAUCGGGGGUUGCGUGCAGAUGGAACAUUAGAUCCUUACCACGCGGCCAUUCUAUUUCGAGACUCGCGAGGGCUCCCUGUCGCUGAUCCGUUCCUGGAGAAGGUCAACUUGUCUGAUUUAGAAGAGGACGAGUCGCAGAUUUUCGUAAAGUUCUUCCGAUUCCACAAGUGCUAUGAUUUGGUACCGACGUCAGCCAAGCUAGUCGUAUUUGAUACUCAGCUACUCGUCAAGAAGGCAUUUUACGCACUUGUCUACAAUGGCGUCAGGGCAGCGCCGCUUUGGGACUCGAAGAGACAAGAGUUUGUCGGCAUGUUAACAAUUACCGAUUUCAUCAAGAUUCUUAAGAUGUACUACAAAUCGCCCAAUUCUUCGAUGGAUGAACUGGAGGAGCAUAAAUUAGAAACGUGGAGAAGUGUUCUCCAGGAAGAAGUUAAAAAUUUAGUUAGUAUUGGACCGGACGCGUCGUUGUACGACGCUAUCAAAACGCUUAUUCACAACCGAAUCCAUAGGUUGCCAGUGAUUGAUCCGCUCACCGGAAAUGUGUUGUACAUAUUAACUCACAAACGAAUACUUAGAUUCCUAUUCUUAUAUAUUAAUGAACUUCCGAAACCAUCAUACAUGCAAAAGACGCUUCGUGAAAUUCGUAUUGGCAGUUACGACAAAAUAGAAAUCGCAACAGAGGACACCAGCAUCAUUACGGCGCUACACAAGUUUGUGGAUCGGCGAGUAUCUGCUUUGCCGAUAGUUGACGCCGAAGGACGUCUGAAAGACAUAUAUGCCAAAUUUGAUGUCAUUAAUCUGGCAGCUGAAAAGACCUACAACGAUCUGGACGUAUCUCUGAAAACUGCAAACGAACAUCGGAAUGCUUGGUUUGAGGGAGUGCAGAAUUGCAAACUGGACGAAACACUGUACACGGUGAUGGAACGAAUUGUUCGAGCAGAAGUGCAUCGACUAGUGGUGGUCGAUGAGAACGAGAAAGUAAUAGGCAUUAUUUCCUUGUCUGACAUUUUGCUCUACCUGGUUCUACGACCCACGGGAGAUGGUAUUGGGAACUCUGAAUCACUACGAGCUACGGACCCCAGACUGCUCAAAUCUCCCAGCAAGCUAAGCCAGGCGAAGAUGGACAGUAACGAAAGCAUCGAGGAAGAGAAAGAACCUGCUGGAGAUCCCGAAGAGGAGAACAUCAACGCUGUGGAAGAAGGCGAAACAAGUGAAAAGACUGAACAGGUAGAACAGGAGGACGAAAAUGAAGAUCCUUAUGCUGCUGGCGAUGCACCACCUGCUGACCAGGUUAAUACGGACGUAAAUGAGGAUCCUUUGGUGGAAUCCCCUGUCGAUCACAGUGGCAAUGAUUCUCCCGUCCAAGAUAUGUUAAACAAUAAACAAACGACCAUUCGUGAUACAUUAACAGCAAAUGUCCAAAGAGAGAUUGGUUUGGUUAGCGAAUAAUUGUAUAAAACUUUUCAUGGUUGGAGCUGUUCCGUAAUCCGUACUUUUCAAUUUCUCAUCUUGUUCAUAUUCGUUUCGCGCUUAAUCCACGUCAAUCUUGGAAACUGCACAGCUGUGAAAUUUCUUCACAAUUGUAUUUUCCAGUAACCAAACCUAUAACAGCACUCAAUACAGAUGUCCUUUUGGUUGAUGUAACAUACUUUUACGCCAUAUUUUGUAAUUUAGCAUAGACAAACAUAAAACGAUAAUAAAUGAAAACUAAAUUCGCUGCAAAUAAUGCACAUAGAAGGCCUUAUCAAUAUACACACUGAGCAAAAAACGAAUCUAAUAUUUUGAAACGCAAUGAUUGUCGAGAGUUGUGAUUGAACUGCUGCUAAAUGUUCGUUUUUGGUCUGAUCGAUUCGCGCUAUUGUGGAUAAUAGGAGGCAUUUCUCCGAUUUUUACAGAUUCGAAUGGGAUAUGCUAUUUAAAUUGAUAUAAUGGUGAAAAGUACAAAACCCAAAAGCGUUUAAAAGGAGAGACUAUUUGGUUUUCGACAUCUUCUGACGAAGCGACUUACAAAACAUCCACAAUCGCAAAUCUGCAGGCAAUUUUUAUUUUUCACACUACUAUUUCAAAAUAGGGAGCAAAAGGUGACGAAAACGAAGCUUAAAAGUGAAUAGUUUAUCGUUCUGCAGAGGGAAUGUUUAUCUUCUAACGAAAUUGGACGAAACCAAACUUAUUUCGAUACGUUUAUUUAAAUCAAACCUAAAUGAUGCAGAGGUAGCAAUAAGUGAAACCAAUAGAGUUACACAAAAAUAUAGUGGAUAUACAACACCUGCAAAUUGCGUAUUGCAUAUUGUAUAUGAUAAAGACGAAAAAGGCAGGAACAAAUAUACUUAUAAUAAAGAAAAAUAAUAGGAGUGCUUUUCGCAACGUUAAUUCAUUUUCAAUAACAAAUAUUGCUCUGGCAACAAUAAUAAGAAUUUCAUAUCUGUAAAUUAUUAACCAAAAACCUAUCGUAAUGACGUCAUUUGGAUUUUUGCAUGUGCGAAAACAAUUUGGCAACUUGGUACGCGAUAAAAGUUAAACUAUACCAAUGCAGAAAAAUGUACAUUAAAAUUGUUGAUAUUCGAUUAGAGAGCAUAGUUUAAUAUAUACAUGUAAAAACAAAAGAAGGUAGUCCUGUAAAACUGCUAUUAAACUUAAUUGCUGAAAAAAACUACAAAUUUCAAAUUAAACUGUUUAUAAAUUGCAAUACU